UUUCCCAGACGACGUUGCGCAGGCUGAAGACGGAAGUGUGUGAGUUUCGUGGAGGAAAAGAAGUUCUCGUAGUUGUUUUCAUGCCAGUGUAAAAAGUCACACUUUAGUCGUUUCUCGGCUCUUGAGAUUGUGUUGAAGCUGUUUGAAGACACCAAAGUUUACAGGGACCAGUAUCAGGAUGGGGAGUAAACCAGGCCCAGUACAGAUCGUCACAGUGUGUAAGGAGGAACACUCCUUUGCUUUGGACACCGAGGCUUUGGCUCGGGUUCUACUGGCUCCUGAGGUCCGAGACAAACACGUGGUCGUCCUGUCGGUGGCCGGAGCCUUCAGAAAGGGCAAGAGCUUCCUGCUUGAUUUCAUGCUCCGCUACAUGUACAGAAAGGAUGAUGAAAACUGGCUGGGUGAGGAUGAUGAGCCGCUGACUGGAUUUUCUUGGAGAGGGGGUUCAGAACCAGAGACAACAGGCAUCCAGCUGUGGAGUGAAGUUUUCCUCAUCAAAAAGAGUGAUGGAACAAAGGUGGCAGUAGUGUUGAUGGACACUCAGGGUGCCUUUGAUAACCAGUCCACCGUGAAGGACUGUGCCACCAUCUUUGCCCUCAGCACCAUGACCAGCUCAAUACAGAUCUACAAUCUGUCACAGAACAUACAAGAGGACGAUCUGCAGCAGCUACAGCUGUUCACGGAGUAUGGUCGUCUUGCCAUGGAUGAGAUCUUUCUGAAGCCCUUCCAGUCUUUGAUGUUCCUAAUCAGAGACUGGAGCUUCCCCUAUGAAUAUGACUACGGUUUUAAAGGAGGCAAUGAAUUCCUGGAUAAACGGUUACAGGUGAAUGAGUCCCAACAUGAGGAGCUGCAAACAGUGAGGGAUCACAUCCAUUCAUGCUUCACCAGCAUUUCCUGCUUCUUGUUACCUCACCCUGGGUUGAAGGUUGCCACCAGCCCUGUCUUUAAGGGACAACUUAAUGUGGUUGCCCCUGAGUUCAAAGAGGAGCUGAAGAGCCUGAUCCCCAAACUGCUGCAUCCCAAUCGUCUGGCUGAGAAAGAAAUAAAUGGAAACAAAGUCACAUGCCGGGGCCUGCUUGAGUUCUUCAAGGCUUACAUCAAGAUUUACCAGGGAGAAGACUUGCCACAGCCAAAGACUAUGCUCAUGGCUACAGCAGAGGCCAAUAACCUGGCAGCCGUGGCAACAGCCAAAGAUCAGUAUCACAAGAACAUGGAGAAGGUGUGUGGGGGAGACUUGCCCUACGUGGCUCCUGACUCUCUGGAGGAAAAACACCACUUCUACAGCCGAGAGGCUCUUCACAACUUCUCUUCGACCAAGAAGAUGGGCGGACAAGAGUUCUGUCACCGUUACCAAGCACAGCUGGAAAAGGAGCUGGAGGAAAUGUGGCAUUCCCUCAGCAAGCACAAUGCGUCAAAAAAUCUCUUCAGUGCCUUCCGGACACCUGCAGUGCUGUUUGUCCUGGUGUGCCUCCUCUACGUGCUGUCAGGUGUGUUGCUCUUCAUUGGCCUGGCUACCUUCGCCUUGGUGUGUGACUGUACACUGGGUGUGGUUAUGAUGUCGAUGCUGACGUGGGCCUUCAUCCGCUACUCUGGUCGGUACCGGACUGUAGGGGGAGCUAUCGACCAGGCCGCAGGUGUCGUCCUAGAGCAGGCCACCGUGGUGUUGAACAAGUCGAGAGGUACAGGCACCAGUAGCCUGAAGAAAUCCAGUUAGAGGACCUCUGGACCUUCAUAAUCUCGAUGCAAUGCUACCAGCACACAACACAAGCACACAUUCAGCACUAAAGCCUUAUCAUGCCACCCAUUGGAACAAACAUGCAGCUCAACCACAUCGGCACAGGGUACAAACAUGAUGCCAAUUCACCAGCAUCUUUAUUAUGCACAUUACUCUGCCUAUUAUAAGUCCAGGCUUAUAUAAGGGUGACUGGAUUCACUGGUGGCAAUAACAGGGAGAUAAACCAUCCAAAUCCCUCUUAUUGACACUUCAUGUCUUGAAUUGACACUGCCAUCAUUUUACAAGUUUACAAUUGGUCUUAAUAGACAAGUUAAUGUUUACCUUUAAACUUAUUAAAAACCCUUUCUUGGUUGUAUAUUGUUCAAAUUGGGGUAGUCAGGGUGAUUUUCAAACCAAGCUUUUGCAGUAUAUCUCAUUACCUUAAAAAGUGCUGGCUUAAAAGCUUAUACAUUUAUACAUAUUUCUUUGUGGCUAUAUUUUUUUACUUUGUGGCCUUAAAAACAAUAUAAUACAUCAAAUUUAUACAGCGCUUUUCUAGGUCAAAGUCGCUUUACAUAGCAGAAUAAAAGAAAAAAUUCCAUUAUUUUUGUAGAUUUGCUUUAUAUUUGAUAUAAACUAGCAUUUCUAGAAGGGUGAACUGUCACUACUUUGAAAGAGAAGAGGGUAUGCACUUCUAUAUAGCACAGUAGAUUUUGGAAGCUGCAUGUAAUGGGAGUUCAGUUGAAUCUCAUUUGUUUCAAGUGCUUUGCCGUUCUUUGAUGAAAGCGCGUUAUACUUUGUAGAUUUUGAUACUAGACUCUUCUAGCGAAAUUAUAUAUAGGAAUUUAUAUUCUGCAACAUUUUCCAAAUCCAAAGAUAUGACACUAUUGGAAUACUUAAAGCUGUUCAACGCACAAGAUAAUAAUAAAACUAGGGACCAGUCAGCCAAAGAGUUAGCUUUAAAUAUUUUAAUUAUACUUUGACCUUGUACUCAGUGAGAAAAAACUAUGCCACUCAAACAUUGCAAGUGUUAAACAUGCAUGGAAUAAAUAAGCAGGGUGUUAAAACAUUCAGACAGAAAACACAAUAAGCAGUAGAAACCUGUAGAAAAUGGGACUGAGUGGCUGUUUGUACACAUCUCAAUAUUCAGAAGACUGCAGCACUUGGAUAUAUUAUGAUCAUAUUUGGUAGUUGUCAAACAUUCUUAACGUGUAGUCGUGUUUGCACUUCAGAAACUAAUUCCUGAUGUAAUGCUUUUAGUGACUACUCGUAGCCUGUGCUAUCAGCUCCACUGUAAGUAAACACUGUGAUACAUCAUUGUGGUGUAUUGUUCACAUUGGUGACCUGGCUGCAGCUAAAAUGGAUAUUUCAACUAUUUCAGUUACAGUUUUAAAAUAAUCACUAAAUGUGACUUAUCAAUCCAGCUUGAAACCAUUGUGUGCUUGUGUCAGAGCUUUGCUUCAACCGAAUUGCACGUAAUGGUUGCAUAACAUAAUAAAAACCAUAUUACAGAAAAGGAAAAAUGAUACACUUGGACUUGUUUCUUAGUCCUUGUUUACCUGCAGCCAUUUAACCAAUCAGCUGUAUUUUUCCAAAAUUAGUCAUACAGGGAAUUAAAAGAGUUGACUACUCAGUGGAUGUAUAAGGUUUUAGUUUUCCUUUGUGGGGCCAAGCAGGGCUUCUCAGGCUAACUCCGAAUGAAUCAGGCAUUGGAUUAAAGGACUCUGAUUAUUUGCAACUUUGCCUUACAUCUCUGAAUAUGAGAGGCCAAUUCUUUCCGAAACAUUGGAGAAGUGGAAUGGCAAGAAUUCAGUAUUGUAAAAUAGGCCUUUGAAAUGCCAUAAGAUUGUGUGGCCUGAGAACAAAAAUAGGAUAAUAUAGUCUGUAGUGUUUUUUGCAUUGUGCACUUCAACAACUAGCCAUAUAUUUCCUGUUUGAGCACAGGACAGAGUGGACACACAAAAAGCUGAUAAACAGUGCUUUCAUUUGACAGGGUUUUCACGAUACUGUAGGUAUAAGUCGUAAGAAUACAAGGCCAAAAAAUAUGGAAAUAUGGAGGAUGAGAGACUUUUCUCAAUCCAUGAUUUUUGACCAUCAUUUUGCACAUUCGAUGUCUGUUCAAGAUGUUUUACAAGCACUUUCUAUUGCACUCACCCUCCUCUUCAGUGCUUUUUGCACACAGCUCAUUCCAAGGUGAAUAAAUGCAUGCAAUAUUGUAGCUACGGCUAAUGUAAUCAUCUCUUGUGGGGGUAAGGUGGCCUUGACUUGAGAAAUGCUGUUUUCAAAAAAAUAAACAAAGCUUGAAACUGUUAA